UGAACAUUAAGUAGCCAAAGAAAGUGUCCACCUUCCACUUUGACAGCGUGUUUACUGUCGCGUGUCAUUUAACCGCAAACAGGCGUGUAACACGUCAGUGUUGUGCUGUGAAGUUCACCCAUACGUAAUGAUGAUGCGAGAAUAUGCAUUAAUGUAAACUUAGCCUGUUAUUCGACCUAUAAACGGAUCAGUGAACAAAGCGAGGAGUUUCAGGGAGUUGUGGGUUUAUUUCUUCAUAUUCUUCUUCUCAUUAGUCAGCUGUGACAUUUGGAAACCACAGGCUAUGGGACAAACCGCUAUAGGUACAAACAUAGGUGAUGGCUGAACCCAGAAUAUCAUCUAUUGAUGGGAAGUUAGCAGAAGAAUUUGCUGUUCCCUCCCAUGUGGAGGAGGUCAAAGAGAAGAUGGCUGCUUUUGCCAGCUUUCAUGCAGAAGCAGGCCGAAAGGUGGUUCUCAUCACUUCAGGAGGCACCAAGGUUCCCCUGGAGUCCCGCACUGUUCGCUUCCUCGAUAACUUCAGCAGCGGCAGGCGAGGAGCCUCCUCUGCUGAGUAUUUCAUAGACUCUGGUUAUGCAGUCAUUUUCCUACACAGGCAUCGCUCACUCUACCCCUACACGCGCAUGUUUUUAACCAUCAACAUGCUGGACGCUCUGGAGUUUCAAGGUGGAGGAGCGCCUGGUAAUACUGGUGAAGUGGUGGUUAAUCAGCAGGUGCUGCCGAACAUUGCCAAAGUACUGAAGAGAUACGAGGAGGUGAAAAAAAGUAGACUUCUUCUGCCUAUCGAGUUCAGCACUCUGUCAGAGUAUCUGCACCUACUCAAAGCAGCAGCGCAGGCUCUCAGCAAAAUAGGAUCAAAGGCUAUGUUUUACUUGGCUGCAGCAGUGUCUGAUUUCUACAUCCCAGCAUCUGAGAUGCCUGAACACAAAAUCCAGUCUUCCAACGGACCUCUUCAGCUGAGCAUGAAAAUGGUCCCCAAGAUAUUGUCCCCACUGGUGAAAGAAUGGGCACCUCAGGCAUUUGUCAUAUCCUUCAAACUCGAGACGGACGCGUCGAUCCUGCUGGACAAGGCUCGACGAGCUCUGGAUAUCUACAGUCACCAAGCAGUGGUGGCCAACGUACUGGACUCUAGGCGGGGUUAUGUGGUGGUGGUGACCCCUGAGACUCAGGCUGAGCUAAUCCUUACUGAGGAGGAUGUGAAGAAUGAGGUGGAGAUAGAGGAGAGGAUAGUCAGCAACUUGACGUCGGCGCACGACAACUUCAUAACUCAACAAGUGGCUUGAUAGAA